CUUGAAACGAAAAUUGUACGACCUACAACACUAUGGCCGCCAAGUUUGCUAUCAAGUCUUUAGACCACCUGGUCUUGACAGUCCGGUCCAUCCCCGCCUCCGUCGCAUUCUAUACAAGCCACCUGGGGAUGAAACAUGAAGUCUUCUCUUCACCUAGCAGUCCAGACAUUCAACGACAUGCCCUUCUCUUCGGGUCCCAGAAAAUCAACCUGCACGAGAGCGGGAAGGAAUUCGAACCUAAAGCCCAGAAUGUCAUGCCAGGAAGCGCAGACCUCUGCUUUCUGACGGACACUAAAGUGGAGAAUGUUCUGAAAGCACUCGAGGAAGCUAAGAUUGACGUCCUCGAAGGUAACAAAGUCGUGGAACGCACGGGUGCGGUGGGGAAGAUCCGGAGCGUUUAUGUGCGCGAUCCGGAUGGCAACUUGAUUGAGAUCUCGAACUACUGUUAAGAUGGAGAGAGCCGGUAUUUCCUAGCAGUAGGAGCAGAGGUGUAUUAGCUGCUGACAGCCUGGGGAUUUAUGCACAUGCAUAUGCUUAGUCAUGUGAUGUACAGCCCGCUAUUGUGCAUACAUAUGAAAUUGUUGACAAUUUCCCUUUCUU